UACGUCAAUACUUUUCGAUACUUUUGACAACAACAUAGUUUAAUCAAAUUUUGUCAAAAGUAGCCCAGAUUUUAUCAAGCCGUCCAAUGCAAACAGUAUCUCUCUCCUGCCCAGAAAAGACUGCCUGAAUUUGACCUGUUAUUCUCCUCCUGUGCUGUAGAUGGCAGUAUCAUAUAACUAUUGGACAUUGAUCAGUAUGUGAGUGAGAGAUUCACGUGGGGCUGUAAACGUGAGUGGCAACCGUGUCAACAUGGGGAAAAGAAGGCAAAACAAACAGCUUUUUACAAGUCUUUCUAAAAAACAGAAGAAACACCUAAAAGAGUUUGGAGAAGAGCAUCCAUUUCACGACGUAGUCAAUGACAAAUCUGAAAGGACACAAAUAGUGCAAAUGGCACCAAGCCCAGAACAGUCUGAUGCUGAGCUGGAUGACUUGGAGGAGGAGGAGCCAGAGCACAAAACAGCCUAUCAGAAACUUCUUUGUACUCUGAGUCAACACAACCAAGAUGACCAAAGUGAAGAGAGCAGCGAUGAAGAGGAGGAUCUUGCAGAUGAAGAUAACACUGUCGGUGUGGAUGAAGAUGAUGGCGUUGAAGAGGAAGGGGAGGCGGAGAAGGAAGAACCUGGAGAUAGCGGUGUUGCGCUUACUCAAUCGUUUGAAGGCGAGGGGGAGGAAGUAGGAGGUGAAGAAUUCAUUGACAAGGAGUACGAGUCCCAAUUCUGCCUGGAGACCAACUCGAUUGGUGAAAAAGGGCAAGAAGACGUUGAGGAUGUUACUCAACAAGACAAAGAUAUGUUUUUCCAGCAUUUGGGCACGGAACUCAGUGAAGAUGACGUGCAAAAGAUUACAUCAGGCAGCAAAGCAAAGGCUCAGAUUACGUGGCCAAAACUUGGCUCACUUCUUUGCAUAACACCCUUGGAGAGAUUUGGCGCCAUCCACUCCCACAAAGACACUGAACUCCCAGCUUUCCACAAACUCUUGGAAGGGAAUUACAAGAAAAUAAACAAUUGUGGAAAGUCUAAGGAUGGAGCAGAGGAGACGAGUCCUCUGCAGUUGGAGCUGUUGGCUCUCAUGGGAACGUACAAAGACUUUUACUACUCCGAAACCUGCCCCUUGAGGGUGGGCCCGCAGGUUCGAAGCGCUUACUGCCUCCAUGUCCUCAACCAUGUGCUGAAAGCUAACUCCAGGGUCUUAGCUCACAAUGCCCAACUUAAAGAGAAUCAUCAGCGCAUUAAGAGUGGAGACAUGAAGCAAGCAUCUCUCGAUGAACCAAGAGACCAAGGUCUGACACGGCCCAAGGUCCUGAUUCUCGUGCCGUUCCGUGGCGGAGUACUACUUAUCGUCCAAACUCUUAUAAGCUUGUUGGAGAGCAAAGGCAAGAAGGUGGUAGUCAGCAACAAGAAGCGCUUUAAAGAGGAGUUUGGACAGGCUUCUGAUGACAAUCUAGCCAAUCUGCGGAGACCGGAUGACUACCACGCCACUUUCUCUGGAAACGUGGAUGAUCACUUCAGAAUAGGUCUCUCCAUUAUCAAGAGCAACAUGCGCCUCUAUUCCCCCUUCUACUCAUCAGACAUCAUCAUUGCCUCUCCACUGGGCCUUCGUACAGUACUGGGAGCCGAAGGAGAGCAUAAAAGAGACUUUGACUUCCUUUCCUCUAUUGAGAUGCUUGUAGUGGACCAGGCUGAUGUAUUCCUCAUGCAGAACUGGGAACAUGUCCUGCAUGUGAUGAAACACAUGAACCUGCAGCCACUGGAGUCACAUGGAGUGGACUUUUCCAGGGUGCGAAUGUGGAAUCUCAACAACUGGGCCAGACAUUACCGACAAACACUUGUGUUCAGUUCCAUCCAGGACCCUCAGAUCAACAAUAUCCUCACCAAACAGUGUUCCAACUACCGCGGACAGAUUUCAGUUAAGAACAUUCCAAAAACAGGGUCCAUAUGCCAGGUUCUUGUCCAGCUGCCUCAUGUCUUCCAGAUGUUCUCUUCUGAUAGUUUCAUGAAUCAUGAUGCACGGUUUCAGUUCUUUGUUGAUAAAGUGUUGCCUCAGUACAAAGACUCCGUCAUGUCGCACACGCUGAUCUACAUUCCCUCGUACUUCGACUAUGUCCGACUGCGCAACCACAUGAAGAAAGAAGAGAUGAGCUUUGCAAGCGUGUGCGAGUAUUCCAGCAAAUCGGAGGUGUCUCGAGCGAGGCACUUCUUCCUGAAAGGCGAUAAACAGUUUAUGCUAUUUACAGAACGCUUCCACUUCUACAAGAGGUACACUAUCAAAGGGAUUCAGAAUCUGAUCUUUUACGGCCUUCCCGCCUUCCCGCACUUCUACAGUGAGCUGUGUAACAUGCUUACGGCGGGGGCACAGGGGGAGGAAGCCAGUUGGACAUGCACAGCCCUGUACUCCCGCUUUGAUGCACAAAAACUGGCUGCCAUUACUGGUGCACAACGAGCUGGACAGAUGCUUCACUCCAACAAGAACCUCCAUCUUUUUGUUACAGGAGGGGAAGAUAAAUCCUGAUCGAGCCGGCCAAGUAAAAGAGGACUUUUAGAUAGCAGUGCGUCAUUGAUCACGUGCCAGGUAUAAUGGUAGUUGAUGUAUUAUCAGACACUGAAGUUUAUAAACGUUGACUAUCAUGACAGUGAUUUGAGUUAUUAGUAUUAUCGCUGCAAGAUGCCAGAUUUCAUUCACAAACGUUUAAAAAAUCAUCAAAUAAAUGUUUUACAGGCUUUAUUAACAUUGAGUUUUGCGAUAUAAAAGACCAUAUCAACCUCUGUAAUAGUAUUUUUCUACAUAGUUUCUAUUUUCAAACUUUUUUUUUUUAAUCUUGUCUCUUGUCCUGUUCAGGCAUUUUGAUACGCAGAAGGCAGAUACUAAAGGCCAAAAACAGUUUGAAUGUGCCACAAGGGAGUUUGGUAUACCCCCUAUCUGGUUGUUUAUUCAGAAAAGCUAAACAGAAGAGUGUUUAAGAGCACAGAGAGGGGGGAAAAAACAGAUGCUAUAGUGAUAUAAAGAAAACAUGAUUUAAUAUAUGUGAGACACAAGCAAACCAUUCGUUAACUCAUUGGCUGAAUCAAACAAUCGCUCCGAACCCACCCAGUUAAAUUGGAUUGGACCAAGGACGUAGGUAUAGUUUCAACAUUAGUAGGGACGAUAUAACAGCAUAACCUGGACGUACACUUUUUUUUUUUCUGGGGACGGGACAUUAAUAAGACAAAACAGAUUGGGCGUCGGGGGUCUGGGCUACAUUUCUUUUUUAUAUGAACCUAAUUAAUGGAUAGCCUAAAUCAUAAAUUCAAAAUAAAUCUGUUUUGGCUUAUCCUAACUUUCAUGUGUAUUGGUUCAGGUGAUACACCGUUCGAUUCAAACCUUUGUUUUCAAAAACUACUAAAGAAACAUUUUGAAAACUUCCAGAAUAAAUGUCUGGAUUUUGUUCGUAAAUUUAAAUUUUAAUAUUUGAACUAGGGCUGUCAAACGAUUAAAAAUUUUAAUCGAGUUAAUUACAGCUUAAAAAUUAAUUAUUCGUAAUUAAUCGCAAUUAAUCGCGAUUCAAACCAUCUCUAAAAUAUGCCAUAUUUUUAUGUAAAU